AUGUCGACUAAAGGAGGUCGGAAUUCAUCAUGGAGUCGACUGAAGCCUGUCAAUCAGGAUAUCUUCGAGGAAAUGGGCUUGAGAUCUAAGGGGGAUAAACAACUUCUCGACUAUAAAACUCAAGAACGAUUCUACAAUAAGAUAGUCGAACGAUACUUGCUAUUCGCAGCCGAUGCCCGCCGAGGGGACGAAUUGUACCGAAAACUUGCACGUCUGAAUAUUUCAGAAGAAAAUGGGAAUCGCGAUCCUGCUCAAGCGGUGACGAAGCCCGCGCCCGCAGACCUUGCGAAUAGUAAAGGCGAUACCAACGAAUUAGAUUCUAUAACAAUGGGGAUGAGGAAGCUUCGAGAAGGAAUCGUUGCAUCAAAGAGGAUAGAUGAUUUCUCCAUCCAAGCGUACAUAUUCUGCAUACGCUUGUCAAUAUUGCUGAAGCACUGGGAAUCAUACCACCCAGCGAUGCGUCAUCUACUCCAAGUGAUGCAUCCGCGACACCCUCUAUCAAGCACCGAGCUUCAAGAAUUCGCUGGAUAUCAAGUGCUAGAUCUGGCCUGUAGACAACGGGAUCUGGCAAAGGCAUUCUCCAUCAAACUUGCACUGGGGCUACGGGACUCGAAAGUCGACGACCUUUUAAGGGCGAUUGCUCAUGAUAAUUACUUUUUAUUUUGGCGAGUGAAAAGGGGGGUCGACGGAUACAAGGCAAAGAUCAUGGAGUUUGCAGAGGAUGAGAUGAAGCUACAUGCUUUGAAAUCGAUUGGGAAGACAUAUCUCAGUAUCGAUUUAGCUUCCCUGGAGCAACUUACCAAUACCAGUUGGACCGAUUUGACUGCGAAUUAUAGUGUGGGAUGGCAAUUGGAAGGGACGAAAGUUGUUAUUCGAAAGCCGAAACCACGCUGA